AACUAAGCCGUAGAAACAAAGAGGUUUAAUCAACACUUAGAGCAGAGAGUGGUAUCAAACAGUGGAGAAGACGAAGGUGUAAACUCCAAUUAUUUAUGCUGCGAUGGAUCACAUGGAUAUGCGUAAGAUUUUCGAGAACAAAAGCUUAUGGCAGCCAACUGGCGAUGCACAUGUGGAUUCUAUCGGUCCCGAUUUAUCGUCCUGCAGAAAUCAGACCGUUGAAGUUCCAAUCACUAACGAAAAUUUGAAGAACGAAAACGGUUUAACUGGAGUAGCCGCAGUUAAUAAUCAGGUGAAUGAACCUAUAAAUGUAAAUUUGUCGACGGAUCAGACAAACGUCGUCGGAAGUGAAAACGCCUCUGUGUCCAAUUUAGAACAACCCCGUGUUACGGUUGUCGAAAACGGCCCCAUAACGGGUUCGAUUUCGACCUCUGUGGUGUGUGUUGACGAUGCUGCGAAAACGACUCGUUUUCGUAGUAAAAAGGACGACAAAAUCUAUAAAGAUUUAAUGCAGGCUUUGAAAAGGCCGGUUAGUAGCUACGCCUUGCUGUACGAACUACCACCGGUGAAAAAACCGAACAAAAAAAGUACGGAUGUACCAAUUAGCCACGGUAUCAUGAACAAAUUUUGGGGACCUAAUUCCAAGCCCAAAUCCAAAUUCAAAUCCAAAUCCAAAUCCAAAUCCAAAUCCAAUUCAAAACCCGUUUUCAAGAAAAAGCCGGAAAAAGAAGCAACCGUGAAAAAGGCACCGAGUAAAUCAUUCCUAAGUAAUGUCAAGAGUUUAACAAUGACUGGCAUGCUAGACAGGGUGCCCGUUCGAUAUGUUUCUUCAUCGGGGAAGGAAACUGAUGGAAUUAUCAAAGGCUGUAGCUAUCUUUGUGGAUGUCCGAACUGUAACUUCUCUAAAGAAGUGAAUGCUUACGAGUUUGAGAGUCAUGCUGGUUUUAAGACGAGUCACCCGAACAACCACAUACGGUUCAAGAAUGGGAAGACGAUUCAUCAGAUAGUUCAGGAGUUGAAACGGACGCCGGAUGAUAUGUUGUUUGAUGCUAUUCAGACGCUGACCGGCAUUCUUAUAGAUCAAAAAGCAUUCAUUUAUUGGAGAGAAUCGUUUAACGGAGCAACCCGCAAGCUUGAACCUGUUUCUGUCAAGCAACAACCUAAUUUGUGACGGUGAAAUUCAAAAUGACCACCCGAUUCGGAUUUAACUGGGAAAUAAUGUUUCAUGUGCAUAAUAACAACCGUCAGUUACCAUAAAAAAGGAAGAAGCUUUAACCAGUUCACGGACGUUGCAUAUAUUUAUUAAUUUGUACAGCUCAGCUACUUACACUCUGUUGGAGGCAUUUUACGAAUACCAGGUCGAGAUUGAACUAUACAUCAUGUACUUCGAUUUUUAAUUUAAUUUAAUUUUUUUCCUUUCUAGCUAUAUCUUUCAUUCUCUGUGUAAUAAUGAAAUUCUGAUCUUAAUUUAAAGGGUAGAUUACAAUCAUCUCCCUGAGGUAAGGUCUAUUUAUGAAAAAAACCCCUUAUUUUUCAA